UCUACCAAUAAAUAUAAACUACUACUUUAAUUAAGCUGUAUUACCCUUUUACUCAUCAAAUUUGAAAUUUUAGACAUAUUCCUUUCUAAACUUGUCAGAAUUCCAGAAAAUUUUGUCGGAGUUUCAGAGGAGAAAUGUUGGUGAACUGUCUCUCACAAGAAAAAUUGCCCAGCGAAAUUGAAUAUUGUUGUCUUUUUGCACUUUGGCACCAUUUCUUCUUUGCUCCUUCAUGGCCGGCUCCCAGUUCCCGCCAUAAAAUUAUUCAGAAUAUCCAUUCAGAAUAUCCCAAUUAUACUGUAAAUAUUCCCCUCUACUCUUUCUCAAUGCCCCCCAGAAAAAUUUUUGAGACACAAUUUUUCUUGGCCCCAAAUUUGAUUUGUCCAUCUCUCAUUCUCACGUUUGUUUGAUUGUUUCAUUCACUUUUUCUUUUUUACACCUUUAUAUGUGCUUGAUAUUUCUCACUAACUCUAUUAAUUAUAACUUUCAGUUGUUUUGAAUAACAAAAGAGAGAAUAAAACUGCUACUCCAUAUAUUUUUGUGUGUGUUGGAAACUUGAAUUGCAAGAAAUGGCAUCAUCUAUGAGUAACAAUAAUAGCCAUACAGACGGUGAGAGUCUAAUAACAGGUCGUAUUGUUAUAGCUUUAGAUGCGACAAAGGAUCACUUUGAGCAGGAAAUCAAGCAAACUAUCAAUGAGAUCAGAGCACAGGGUAACAUUCUUCACGCGGGCGAUACCAUUAUUGUGCUUGGGAUUUUGCAUAAAUAUCUACAUCCUAUGGGUUAUCAAAUGGAAGCAGAGCCACUGUCCAUUUUUGGAACUCACAAACGUGAAAUUGAAAAAGAGGUAACAAAGAAGGUUGAUACAUAUGUGAACAUGCUCAUGCAAAGUGCCCAAGACUGUGAAGGUGAAGGGGUUGACAUUGAAGUCAAAAUUACUGCUGGGACUCCAGUAAGGAAGGUGGUUGUACAAGAGGUUAUAACUAUCGAUGCGGCAUGUGUUGUACUAGAUAGGUACCUCAGGCGGGAUUUGACGUAUUACCUUAAACACAUACCUUGCAAAGUUGCAUUAAUCAGUGAUAACUUGUUUGUGAAGGUUAUGAGACCUUAUUCCAUAAUUGAUGCGGACAGCAUUGAGAAUAAGUUAUACUUUUCUUUGUCCAAGCAAGUACCCUUGGCACCUCCUCCGUCUGAAGAGAACACAGAGCAGUCUGUUAUUUCAAUGAACUACUCUGGUUCCGUGGAAAGCUCCGAAAUUGCAAACAAUGAAAUGGUGACAUACAAACAACCGGAGAAUAGCACUUCACUCGAAGAUUUUAGUGCCAAUCCUAUGCAAGAAAGAUCAGGUAGGUCUGCCAGAGAGGACAUGAAGCAUUCAAUUCCUCCUGUUAUUCAGAAAGAACGAAAACCACCUACAUCAACGAAAUCCUCUAAUACACCAUUUCUUUGUAUUGCUUGUGGAGCAAAGACAGAACUAUAUAUCAAGGAUUCAAUGAGAUUCAGUUUCUCAGAGAUACAGCUGGCAACAGAUGAUUUUUCGAAGGAUAAUUUGCUUGGAGAAGGUGGAUAUGGUCGUGUAUAUAAAGGUCGGUUAAAAGACGGUCAGGUCAUUGCUGCAAAGGUGCGGAAGGAAGCAAGUACACAAGGGUUUUCCGAGUUCCAUUCUGAAGUUUAUGUUUUGAGCUUUGCACGUCACAGAAACAUUGUUAUGCUUUUGGGUUAUUGCUGCAAGGAAAAUGUUAACAUCUUGGUCUAUGAAUACAUCUGCAAUAAUUCUCUUGAGUGGCACUUAUUUGAGAAUACAGAAAAUGUCCUUGAGUGGCAUCGCAGAUAUGCUAUUGCCAUCGGCACUGCAAAGGGCUUGCGUUUUCUGCAUGAAGAAUGUCGUGGAGGUCCAAUUAUUCAUCGUGACCUGAGGCCUAGCAAUAUACUGCUCACUCAUGACUUUGUUCCCAUGAUAGGUGACUUUGGCCUGGCUAAGUGGAAGACAGACGAGGAUAAGAUUUACACGAGGAUACUUGGCUCAUUGGGAUAUUUGGCUCCUGAAUAUGCUGAAAACGGCAUUGUGUCUGUAAGAACUGAUGUCUAUUCAUUUGGCAUUGUUCUUAUACAACUAAUUUCAGGACGCAAAGCCGUAGAUUCAAUGAGAGAGGGCCAUCACUCCCUUAGACAAUGGGCAAUUCCACUCAUUAAAAGGCUUGCAUUGCACGAGCUCAUCGAUCCUCGCAUAGGUGACUCUUACGACACAUAUGAAGUGUACCACAUGGCUAGAACAGCAUUCAUGUGUGUGCAGAAUGACCCUGAACUGCGCCCAUCAAUGGGAGAGGUCUUGCGUCUUCUUCAAGGGGAGUUGGAGCAUCUCCACCAGAUCGUGGAGCAGUUCAUUCCACAUUUUAUUAGUAAAUAGAAAUGUGAUCAGCCAUGUUAUGUUUUAUUUGUCGCUACAACUGUCUUGGAAUGUAUUACAUUUCUGUGCCCGCCCGGGUUAGGAAAAAGAGCUAAUAAUAAUACAUGCAAUACUUUUUAACAGUUCAUCUAGUACAAACUCGGGUUUAUCUUGUAUACUCUCGUAUAUUGAAGAUGUUAGUUUGGUUUGGUAUCAUACUAGCUUAUUGUAUUACUUCCAUCUACAACUAAUAGCGUGAAAUAAGUUUUGAUUGACAUGUAAAUUGUAAGCCUUAUAUUAUAUUCUACUUACGAGAAAAUGUGC